AUGAACGGCCGAAGCCAGCAUCAGGAGGGUGCGGUCCCCGCCGACACCGACGUUGCCAGCAGCGACGCCAUCACCACUCCCUACGCCGAAGCUAAUUCCGCCGACGACACCCGCGCCGAUGUUCAUGCAGAGCAGACCGAAGAAGACAACGAGUCCGAUGAUGACUACACCCCCGUCCAUCCCGACACCUCAACAUCGACGCACUACUGCAGCCGCUGCCGGAAGACGCGGUACCGGUGGUGGUUCGAGCGCUUCCCCGCCAAAGACCCUCGCAACCUGCGAGGCACCGGUAUGCAAGUCUAG